AUGGAAGGUCAACCUCCUCUCAAGAAGAAUAAGAACUUGUUUUCAUUCUUCCAAAGGGCUGGACGACCUGCUGAAAGUACAACUUCUGAGGGACUAACUGAAGAUCUACCUUCAUUUCCUUCGGAAGUUGAACAUCAUUCAUCCUCAAAUAUUAGCAUUGAACGAGAACCAGGAAAAAGAAAGCAAAUACUAGAAUUUCCUUCUAAUCUGGGGGAUGAGAUUAGAGUGGCAUAUCUAAAGGCUGGACCUUAUCAACCAAGACUUGUUGAUUAUCGUAAGACACGAGGAAAAUCUCAGUUUCGUUGCUUUCAGGCAAAAUGGUUCAACCAGUUUCCUUGGUUAGAAUAUUCACCUACAACAGAUAGAGUGUAUUUCUUUUAUUGUUAUCUUUUCCAGAAUGAUGGAAAUCCGUCCAAUUGUUCGGCAUUGGUAACUUCUGGAUAUAACAAGUGGAAGAGGGUUAAUGACGGAGCAAAAUGUGUAUUUCUUACUCAUUUACGAUAA